CCGGAGUUGGAUGAAGCGGCCCUCACUCGCAUUGGUGAAACCGGGCCUAAAGGAACGGACGUGAAAUUUAAACAUAAGUGAAUGUAAGGUGUGUGGGUGACAGUGCACGUGGUAUUUCCAGGCAUUUCAAGGAACAAUUAUUUUACAUUUCUCAAUAUAAUAUUCGGCUAACAUUUCUGUACAGGAAACAGUAUUCCUGUCAAUUUGGUUAGGAUACCAUAUAUAUACGAUUACAUGUAUAUGCGCAAACUAUGAGUGAUGAAAAUGGAUUUCGCGAAAAAGUAUGAAGACGAUAAUUUGGAAGAGGUAAUUGAUGGGCAAAUCACGAAACUUGAGGAACUCAACGUUGCCACAGUAUUAAUAAAAGGCAAGCAAAAUGUAAAGGAAGAACUUCAGAGAGUGCAAGCGGAAGUUUUAAAACUUUCAAGUAGCAUCAUUGGUAUAAAAAACACAGUGAAGACAAUAAGUCUACAGAAUAAGCGUUCUAUUGAACUAUUAAAGUUACUUGGAGAUUUAAAUAAAAAAAUUCUCCAUCAAGAAAAGAAUGUUCCACACGAACUCAUACAAGGCUUCCAGAAUGCAACCGUCUAUCCUAAUAUGUUAAAAUGUUCUGUAAAUCCAAUGAAAGCACAAGUACCUAAUAGCGCAAAAAACGCCAAAGUACUUGCAAAGUCAGAAAUGACGACGGAUUGUAAAAGAAUACUUUUUAACGAACCAGAGAUAUGUCCAACAAUACCAUUUAUCAUGACAGAAGAAUUCAACUAUCUACCUAAGUAUAUGAGAGGGAGGCAAACAAUUGAUACAUUUAAUACCUUUAUAAGUGCUAUAAAUCAGACGCUAAUUGCGAAAUAUACGAUUUUAUCGCUGGGAAAGGCUGCCGCUCAAAAAAAGGGUGAAAUGAACCUAUAUUUACAUUAUAAGAACCAAGAAUUCGAUACCCGAACAGAAGAUGGGUACCUCUACUUUUUCACAGCUGAGGAUUUUUACAGGCAAACAAACACAAAGAUUGAUAAGACCAAAUUGAACCUGCUGACUGCAUUACGCCAUUGCAAACGUUUACGAGAACGCAGAAUUAAAAAUGAAUUACAAUAUAUUAUAACACCACAUUAAAUAAUAUGAUUCUUUAUACGUGCAUUUAUAACUUUAUCGUAGGGAUAAACUGAUAGUACAAGCAUAGGCCGGUAUUCAUAGUUAGAUCUUACGCGUGCCAUUUUAGCUACUCUUAUACUUGAAUACUACCGUGUCUCGUGAUAUUCACGACCGUCUUAGGCCGGUAUUCAUAGUCGGAUCUUAUAUUCAAGACCGUCUUGAAUUUAUCUAAAGAUGCUGUAUGGAACAUUGAUUGGUUGCGGAGUAUCUAGAGAUGAUCUUAAGACUGUCUUGAAUAUAAGAUCUGACUAUGAAUACCGGCCAUACUCAUAAUCUUA